AUGCUGGGGCUCAAGUCAACGAUGUCGAUUAUCGACAACUCAGGGGGCCUCGUGGCUGAAUGCAUUCGGGUCAUGAGGUACAAGAGCUCGAUGGGACUGGGUCGUGUCGGUGAUGAAGUCGUGGUAGUCGUCCAAAAGGCCAAGCCGAUCCCUGCAAAUCAAGUGUCCAGCGCGUCAUCGAAUGCUCUCAAAGUUCGCCGUGGCGAUGUGCGCCACGCAGUCAUCGUGCGCACAAAAAAGGAAUCACAGCGGCCCGACGGUCGUGUUGUCAAAUUCGACGACAACGCAUGUGUUUUGCUGAACAACCGCAAAGAGCCACUUGGCUCGCGCGUUAACGGCGUCGUCUCGAGCGAGCUGCGCGAGCGCGGCUGGGGCAAGAUUCUCAGUCUGGCAUCUAAAGUCGUCUAG